AUGUUUGAAAGUGAACUAAAUAUCAAUGAUAUUCUUCGGUCUGAUUUGAUGCCAACGUAUUUCAUGGAGGACAGUGAAAAUCACUAUUUGAACAACUCUGCGAGUACAAGUGUUACCCCGUCUUCGAAUGGAUCCAUAGACGCUGCACUUUCAACACUUGCUUUUCACAGAAAAAUGAUGAACGAGUAUCAUUGUCGUAAUUACAUCGCUGAACAAAUUUUAGAAGACAUGGGUAAGAGUGUGAAGCAGAACCGCAUCGGGAAACCAUUCGGCGACCUGCAACAGAGUAAUGAGUUUAUGCCCAGACAAGAUGUAAGAAACAAUGUAAUGUUUGAUGUUGGAUCAGCCAAUUAUCAAGAAUGGUUAGCCAAGGUAGCGGCUUUAAACGACGUGUACAAUACAGCGGCUAGCUCAAAUACGGUGAUAACUAAUAUUUCAAUGACGGGGGUUGCGCCACAAGUGCCGGCACCGACGCUGCAGACAAGAGAAGGUUAUGAAGUUUAUGAAGGAGGUGAGGGAAUGUCUAGUUACGCAAACCCUGGCGGCACAUCGGGCCAUGACACUGAUAAAUACGGUGGUGGUUAUGAAUACUCGAUGCCUCCCCCACCGCCGCCAUUAUAUCAUCACUCGCCACCUCAGACACAUGUUGUAGAGGAAUAUACGGUAGAACGAGAGAGCCAUGGCAGCUUAGGAGUGGCAGAUCUUUUCGAUAUAUCGCUUACUGGCAUCGCAUUUCUGUCUUUUGGCAUGUUUAUACUACAAGUUUUAAUGUGUAUUACUAUGCAUCCUCAGCAAACACAAGUGGUUGUAGACAAUGGAGGGGACACCGUGAACGUCGAUGAAGUGUUUCGUUUUAAACGAGAAUCGCAAGAUGGUGGCACAUCAGUUCCUGCAGUGAACAAGUUGGCUAAAUAUGCCCUUUUAGCGCUGAGACCACGAUCGACUGAGUGUCUAUAUCGGGCUUUGUGUGUUGGGAAUAAGCAGGCGAGACGUAUGCGAGACAGCAACUGGUACUGGUUGCCUGUUUGGCAUGCGGGCGUGGCGUGGACACGCGGCCGAGCGCUCGGCGCCCUACGAGCUGCUGCCUUGGGCCUGGGCGGCGCCGACUGCGACACUCACUAUCCACCUGUACAUUGUACUAGCACGAAUAAUUAA